AUGAGAGCAUAUGUCUAUGACGAUAUCCCUGGAGACCAAAGGCUCCCUCAUGAUUCGGGUAAUCCCAUCUCACUCAACACCCUCUCAGAGCUAGGGGUGAUAUACAAGGAAAUUCCAAUUGACGAAGAGAAGAAAUGGGAAAAGGAAAUCGAUGAAUUUGCUGAACAGAGGGGAUACAAGAAUCGAGAUCAAAUCACAGUGACGAGAGAAGGUUUAGGUGAAGCUUAUGAAGAUAAGAUCAAGUCGUUCUUCGAUGAACAUUUACAUGAAGAUGAAGAGAUUAGGUAUAUCUUAGCUGGAUCAGGAUACUUUGACAUCCGAGGAAUCAACCCACCUCACGCAGACCGAUGGAUCCGAAUUUCCUUGACCUCAGGAGACCUCAUUGUCCUCCCAGCAGGUAUAUACCACCGAUUCACCGUUGAUUCCAAUAACACCAUCACUGCCAUGCGAUUGUUCCAGGACGAACCGAAAUGGACACCUUACUCGAGGAGUUUACCUGAUACGGAUGAGAGGGCUGCGAGGGGAGAGUACCUUGAACAGGUCAAGAGUGGCAAGGCUUAA